CCUUUUCCCUUUCAUUUGGUCAAGGUUGCACUUGCAGUUAUAACAGCAGGACGCGACUGGAGCUUCGUUUACGCGCAAACAGAGAGCAGCCCGAUCAGCCGAGGCUCUGCCGAAACUUCUCCCGUUUCUAUUUGCACACCCCGGAGGAAUCUCUCACCUCUCAGGAGCAACCAUGGAUGAAAUGGAGGAAGAGUUAAAAUGCCCUGUUUGCGGCUCAUUUUACCGGGAGCCCAUCAUACUGCCGUGCUCCCAUAACAUUUGCUUAGCCUGUGCUCGGAAUAUUCUUGUGCAGACCCCCGACGCCGAGUCUCCACAGAGCAGCCGAGCCUCCGGGUCCGGGGUCUCCGAUUAUGAUUAUCUGGAUUUGGAUAAAAUGAGUUUGUAUAGUGAGGCGGACAGUGGCUACGGUUCCUACGGGGGCUUCGUGAGCGCUCCGACCACCCCUUGCCAAAAAUCACCAAACGGGGUUCGUUUUCCCCCGACUGUCCCUCAGCCGCAGCAGCACCACCUUCUACCGCACCCCGGCUCCUUAACUCCGAUCCCUCGCAACUCUUGCAUCACCUGUCCGCAGUGUCACCGCAGCCUCAUCCUGGACGACAGGGGACUCCGCGGGUUCCCCAAGAACAGGGUGCUGGAGGGGGUGGUGGACAGGUAUCAGCAGAGCAAAGCGGCCGCUCUCAAGUGUCAGCUCUGCGAGAAGAGUCCAAAGGAGGCCACCGUGAUGUGCGAGCAGUGCGACGUCUUCUACUGCGACCCGUGCCGCCUGCGCUGCCAUCCUCCCCGCGGUCCACUCGCCAAGCAUCGCCUGGUGCCGCCGGCGCAGGGGCGGAUAAGUCGCCGCGCCAGUCCCCGCAAAAUUUCCACUUGCACAGAGCACGAACUGGAGAAUCUCAGCAUGUACUGUGUACAGUGCAAGAUGCCUGUAUGUUAUCAGUGUUUGGAGGAAGGGAAACAUGGCACGCAUGAGGUCAAAGCUUUAGGCGCAAUGUGGAAACUGCACAAGGGUCAACUCUCCCAGGCCCUCAACGGCCUGUCAGAUCGAGCCACUGAGGCCAAAGAGUUCCUGGUUCAGCUAAAAAAUAUGGUCCAGCACAUCCAGGAGAACGGUGUGGAGUUUGAGGCUUGCUUGGUGGCGCAGUGCGACGCCCUCAUCGACGCGUUGAACCGGCGCAAGGCCCAGCUGCUGUCUCAAGUAAACAAAGAGCACGAACACAAGCUGAAGGUGGUGCGGGAUCAGAUCUCCCACUGUACAGUGAAGUUGCGUCAGACCACAGGCCUGAUGGAGUACUGUUUGGAGGUCAUCAAGGAAAAUGACCCCAGUGGUUUCCUGCAGAUCUCUGAUGCUUUGAUUCGGAGAGUCCACAUGACAGAGAGUCAAUGGGGAAAAGGGACCCUAACCCCCAGGAUGACCAGUGACUUUGACCUCACUCUGGACAGUGGACCUCUCCUGCAAACAAUCCACCAGCUGGACUUUGUACAGAUGAAAGUCCCAGCUGCUCCCAUGCUCCAGCUGGAGGAAUGCUGCACUCAGAACAACAGCGCCACAUUGUCAUGGAAACAGCCACCACUCUCCACCAUCGCCGUGGACGGAUACAUCCUAGAGCUGGACGAUGGAAACGGGGGGCCAUUCAGGGAAGUGUACGUGGGGACGGAGACCAUCUGCACAGUGGAUGGGCUCCACUUCAACAGCACGUACAAGUCCAGGGUGAAGGCCUUCAAUGCCAGCGGAGUGGGCCAGUACAGCAAGACACUGAUCAUGCAGACCUCUGAGACUGGACUCCCUCCAUGUGAUAUUCAGUCUAUAGGCACAGUUGCUUGGUUCACCUUUGACCCGGCGUCCGCUCACCCUGACAUCAUCUUCUCCAACGACAACCUGACGGUGUCGUGCAACAGCUAUGAUGACCGAGUUGUCUUGGGGAACACUGCUUUUUCUCGAGGUGUUCAUUACUGGGAAAUGACCGUUGACCGCUAUGACAACCACCCUGACCCAGCCUUCGGCAUCGCUCGGAGUGACGUCCUGAAGGAUGUGAUGCUAGGGAAGGAUGACAAAGCCUGGGCCAUGUAUGUGGACAAUAACCGCUCCUGGUUCAUGCACAACAACUCGCACACCAAUAGGACAGACGGUGGCAUCACUAAAGGAGCUACAAUAGGAGUGCUGCUGGACUUUACACGUGGGAUUCUCAUCUUCCUCGUGAACGAUGAGCAGCAGGGCCCAGUGGCAUUCGAAGGCUUGGAGGGCGCUUACUACCCCGCUAUCAGCCUCAACCGAAACGUCCAGGUCACACUGCACACUGGUCUACCCAUCCCUGACUUCUACACUCCUGGGGAGGCUGAUCCAACUGGCUCAGUGUGCUGAAAACUCAACACCAUCCAAUUUAAGGAAACCUCCCCAGCUUUCCCGAGGUUCCUCCUGCCAGUCAGAAACUCUGAAAAAACCCUCGCCAACUCCCUCUUCCCUUCUCCUUCUGUUUCGUUCCUGACCAACUGACCCCAAGCAAUCUGGAAGAGGUCCCAUCCAGCGCUGAGCCAUGCCUUUAUCAUGCCUAAACCCCGGACUCACGGUCCGUCCUUAGGACACUGUCAGUAUGGAGGGUGCUUUGCCGUCUGUACCCUGUAUUUUGAUAUUAUGAUGUGUUCCAGUUGGUUGAAGAAGAAAAUUUCCCAGCUGAUGGACUUGGAAUGUUUUUAGAAAAGUGUUUAUAAUGUGGGCUUCAAUUAAUAGUUUGACAUUUUGGGGAAAUACACUCAUUU